AUGGUCGCCUCAUGGGUCCGCCCGACAACUCGCCGGCGCCAUUACAGGUAUCCACUCCAGGCCUUCACGGUGACCACGCGGCCGGGCCGGGGCCAAAACCCACCACGCGGGAAAGCGACAUCAUACCACCCAAGCGCAUAUACUCGCCCCUGCACAAGCUGCAAUCGGGCCAACGAAUAUCCCCCACAACCAAACCGCUUGCUUAAACGCAGAGAUCCGGACCAGAAGGGAACAAAUCUACGCCCCGAGGGUAUGGCGGAUCACCGCAAUGUGGACCAGAAGGAAGCUUGCCGCACAAGUACGGAAGCUGGAUUCAAGCCAAGAGGCCCCACCGACAAGAUCUAUGCCAACGGGACUUGA